CAUUUCGAUCAAUUAAUUUCCACUCGCGUCUGUCAGAUCUGGCUGUCGAAGUGAUCAGCGAUAGACUAUCCGUCGAGUACCUUGAUUGCCAUCGCCCACAGCGGGAUAGUACUUCGUUCCUUCCAUCCCCGGUCCAAUCUUAGCCUCUUCCUCAGAGGAUAAGCCGAGCGACGACAAUGGAUCACUCCGCCGGGCCACUGAGGGUCCUCUCUCUUGAUGGAGGGGGUAUCCGAGGGGUAUCCAGCCUCCUGAUUCUAGAGGACGUUAUGGAGAAGUUGCGCGAGAAACGUGGCCUCGAUCGAGUACCCAGACCAUGCGACCACUUCGACUUGAUUGGCGGCACAAGCACUGGAGGAAUCAUCGCGAUUAUGCUUGGGAGACUGGGCAUGACUGUUGACCAAUGCAUUCAAGCAUACAUAAACGUGGCCCAGAAGGCUUUUACCCCGAAGCGAACCUCGAUUCUCCCGGCGCCACCAUCCGGAAACUUCUCUGCAAAAGCACUAGAAGCAGCUAUCAAACAGACGGUCCGGGAAUUCUGUACAGCUCCAGGCUGUGUUGCUCAAAGGGAACAAGGUCGGCCAACUAUCGACACUUGCGAACAUGACGAGUUGGACUUUCGCGAUGGUUCAUGCACUAAGACUGUUGUGUUGGCUAUCACAAAGGACAACGUUGAUGCCCCGCCGACCCUCUUCACGACAUACGACCAAUCUGCCCGCCUCAAUGGGUCCAAAAUCUGGCAGGUAGCACGAGCGACAUCGGCAGCGACAACAUUCUUCAAGUCGAUCAAGAUCGGACGAGAUGGAAUUGAAUACAUUGACGCUGGAUUCGGGCACAAUAACCCCUGCGAUGUUCUCAUUCAGGAGGCUCAGAGACAAUUUCCAAAUCGCACAGACUUGCAAAUCCUUAGCAUUGGAACCGGCCUUGGAGAUGUUGUCACCAUCGACAACACGCGAAAAUCUAUCCUCAAGGCACUGAAGAAAAUGGCAACAUCAUCCAAGAAGGUGGCGUUCAAUCUGAAGAGCAGAUUUGGUGAUACCAACCAAUACUACCGGUUUAAUGUCGAUGUUGGCUUGAAAGACAUCACAUUGUCAGACUGGGAGAAGUCGAGUACCAUCUCCUCACAUACGUCAAACUACUUGCGCGAAAACGAGAUGGAGAUACGGAAAUUUGUGGAUGCCUUUUCCGGUAUCGCACCUGUCAAUCCCUCGACGCAACGGGUAGUGGAAUUGAGCAUAGAAACAAAUCGUGUCGUUCACCACAUUCCUUUCGACAAAAAUACUAGUUUUGUUGGGCGCAAGAAAGUGACUGACAAGCUGACCCAAUUGCUGUUCACACAGACUGACACCCGGCGCGUCGCCAUCGUUGGCCUUGGUGGCAUGGGCAAAACUCAAGUCGCCUUACAAUUUGCGCAUUGGGUGAAAGAAAACAAACCAGACCAUUCUGUGCUAUGGGUGCCAGCUUUGAGCAACGCGAGCUUUGAACAGGCAUGCACCGAGAUAAAGAAGAAGCUCGCCAUUCCCAACGUCGAUGAAGAGCCUAAAGAGGCUGUCCGAAGGCACCUGAGCUUAGAGAAUGCAGGGAAAUGGCUCCUUAUUAUCGACAAUGCUGAUGACAUGGAUGUCCUCUAUGGCUCAUCACAGCAGCCGUUUGGAAUACAUCACUAUCUCCCACAAAGCGAGCAUGGGCGGGUUCUAUUUACAACAAGAUCCCAGGAGGUAGCCGUCAGUGUUGCAGCAGGUGAUGUCAUUGAACUGCAAGAAAUGAGCCGAGCAGAAUCGAAGUCUGUCUUGGAAAAGGCACUCUUCCACAAGAAUCGACUCCAGGAUGAAGAGGCUGUCACCAAGCUCUUAGAGGAACUCACUUACCUUCCACUAGCGAUUGCUCAGGCGGCAGCUUAUAUGAGUAUCAACAAGGUUCCCAUCAGCGAAUACCUUCGACUUUGUCAAAACACAAACGAAGACAUGAUUGAGCUGCUGAGCAGCAAAUUCCACGAUAGUACCCACUACAACAGCAGUCAAAAUGCAGUAGCGACUACGUGGAGUAUAUCGUUCGCUCAGAUUCACAACAAUAACAAGUCUGCUGCAACUCUACUUUCAUUUAUAUCACAUAUCGAGCCAAAGGCCAUCCCUCGAUGGAUUCUACCCACCAUGGAGUCGGAACAGCAAUUAACAAAAGCCAUCGGUACACUCUGUGGAUAUGGGUUCCUAAACAGACGAGAAGACGGCGAGACGUUUGAGAUGCAUCGGCUUGUUCAUUUAGCGACGCGGGUAUGGACCGAUACACAAAGUACUACAAAAUCAACCGCGCAAGAUGCAGCCAAACAGCUUGCGAAAGUAUUCCCAUCAUAUGACUGGCGAAAUCGUGAGUUAUGGCAGCAGUGUCUACCUCAUGCUCUUCGAGUGCUCCAAGCAAGUGAGAAGACCGACGAUGUUACUUUGUGCUCUCUCGGGAUCUAUGUGGGUCGUUGUUUACGCGUGGAUAGGCGGAUGAAAGAAGCAGUCAAUAUCCUAGAGCGUGUAGUGGAUUGGGACAGCACCUUGAAACCAAAAUACGGUGAUCAACUAGACCCCAAGUACGAACUCGCAGUGGCAUACAAAGAGGAUAGGCAAGCGAAAAGAGCGAUUCAGCUACUUGAGGAUGUGGUAUCGAUACAGGCAAAUACACCAGCAACGAAGCAUCGUGAUCGGCUCAAAUUACAGCGCCAUCUUGCAAGUGCAUAUGCAAAAAACGGGCAAAUGGAAGAGGCAGUCAAAUUGCUUGAGGAUAUAGCAUUGAUUGAGGAAAAUACGCUAUCAACGGAGCAUCCUGAUCGACUAGCAUCACAGCACCAGCUUGCAGUAGUGUAUACAAAGAUUGGACGGAUAGAAGAGGCAGUCAAGCUGCUUGAAGAUGUGGUAUCGAAAUGGGCAAAUACAACCGCAACAGAGAAUCCUUAUCGACUAGCAUCACAGCACCAGCUUGCAAAAGCAUACGAAAUGACUGGACGGAUAGAAGAGGCAGUCAAGCUGCUUGAGUAUGAGGUAUCGAUACGGGAAAAUAUACUAGCACCGGAGAAUCCCGAUCGACUAAUAUCACAGCACAAGCUUGCAAGAGCAUAUGCGAAGACCGGACGGAUAGAGGAGGCAGUCAAGCUGCUUGAGCAUGUGGUAUCGAUACGGGCAAUUACACUAGCACCGGAGCAUCCCGGUCGACUACGAUCACAGCACAGUCUUGCAAGUGCAUAUGAGCAGACCAGGAGGAUACAGGAGGCAGAGCAUCUGAUGGAGCAAGUUGUGGCUGUAAAGAAGAAGACAUUACCCGAGGACAGUAGUAGCAGACUCAGAUCAGAGCGAGUCCGGUGGCGAAUUUGCAAGAUUCGAGAAGAUGGGGGGGUGUAAGAAAUCGGCUUAUAGAUUGAGUUUGUCGCCAAUGUCUCUUUUUAUUGCGGGAAGAUAUACAAAUGAGAUCGAAAUGUGAGCCAUCUAAGAUAAGUUGACUUGUUAUCCCCUUGUGUUGCAUUAUCUUAUCGUAGGUAGACCAGGUUACAUCUAACCCAAUGUAGCUUCUGCGGUCACGAAGCGAUAGCGAUGACCUGAUCUGCACUAUUCUCUUCAGUUCUUGAUCCUGGCAUGAAUAUGGCUUCGAAAGUUCAGAGACCCACGAACUUGGACUGAUGUUUUGACCCAUAGUAGACAGCGAGAAAGGAUUCGCCGGCUGAAACAAUCCCUACGUAACACCAACAAUCUUAGUUGGAUAUGAACGAAGUCUAAUGACCAACUUUAUAUACCUAGCCGCCACCAUAUCACGCAGCAGUGAGCCCAUCUCUUGCGGU